GUGGAGGCCUGAAUUUUGAUCUAUGUCCUACCUACGUCCACCUGCCUGAAAGAACAUCAUUGAUGAUCACAUGACCCUGGACAUGGAUGCUGUCUUGUCGGAUUUUGUCCGUUCCACAGGAGCAGAGCCAGGGCUGGCCCGAGAUCUCCUGGAAGGAAAGAAUUGGGACGUGAGUGCUGCCCUCAGUGAUUUUGAACAACUACGUCAAGUCCAUGCUGGGAACCUGCCCCCACCCUUUAGUGAAGGGAGUGGUGGCUCCAGGACCCCUGAAAAAGGGCUUUCUGAUAGAGAGUCUGCUCGCCCUCCCCGACCCAUCCUACAGCGGCAAGAUGACGUCAUUCAAGAAAAACGCCUGUCUAGGGGCAUCUCCCACGCCAGCUCCAGCAUUGUUUCCCUGGCCCGGUCCCAUGUCUCCUCCAAUGGUGGGGGUGGGGGGAGCAGUGAGCACCCCCUGGAAAUGCCCAUCUGUGCCUUCCAGCUUCCAGAUCUCACUGUGUACAAUGAAGACUUCCGCAGCUUCAUAGAGAGAGACCUCAUUGAGCAGUCCAUGCUGGUUGCCUUGGAACAGGCAGGGCGUUUGAACUGGUGGGUGAGUGUGGACCCCACGUGUCAGAGGUUGCUUCCUUUGGCAACCACUGGAGAUGGGAACUGUCUCCUGCAUGCGGCCUCUCUUGGGAUGUGGGGUUUCCAUGACCGGGACUUGAUGCUGCGGAAAGCUCUGUACGCACUGAUGGAGAAAGGAGUUGAGAAGGAAGCGUUGAAAAGGCGCUGGAGGUGGCAGCAAACACAGCAAAAUAAAGAGUCGGGGCUGGUGUACACAGAGGAUGAAUGGCAAAAGGAAUGGAAUGAACUGAUCAAACUUGCCUCAAGUGAACCUCGAAUGCAUCUAGGCACCAAUGGAACCAACUGUGGUGGGGUGGAGAGUUCAGAGGAGCCUGUAUAUGAGAGCCUGGAAGAAUUCCACGUCUUUGUCCUUGCCCAUGUGCUCAGGAGGCCCAUAGUGGUUGUGGCAGACACCAUGCUGAGGGACUCCGGAGGGGAAGCAUUUGCCCCUAUUCCCUUUGGGGGAAUCUAUCUGCCCUUGGAGGUCCCAGCCAGCCAGUGUCACCGCUCCCCUCUGGUGCUUGCCUAUGAUCAGGCCCACUUUUCUGCACUCGUGUCCAUGGAGCAGAAGGAGAAUGCCAAGGAGCAAGCUGUGAUCCCACUUACGGAUUCAGAGCAUAAGCUAUUGCCCUUGCACUUUGCUGUGGACCCUGGGAAAGGCUGGGAGUGGGGCAAGGAUGACAGUGACAACGUCCGAUUGGCCAGUGUAAUUCUGUCCCUAGAGGUCAAAUUGCAUUUGCUUCAUAGCUACAUGAAUGUGAAGUGGAUCCCACUGUCCUCUGAUGCACAGGCUCCUCUGGCCCAGCCUGAGUCCCCCACGGCCUCAGCAGGAGAUGAACCCCGGUCCACUCCCGAGUCCGGGGAAUCAGACAAGGAGUCAGUUGGCAGCAGUUCUACCAGCAACGAGGGCAGCAGGCGGAAGGAAAAGUCAAAGCGAGACCGGGAGAAGGACAAGAAGCGAGCAGAUUCCGUGGCUAACAAACUGGGCAGCUUUGGCAAAACCUUGGGCAGCAAGCUCAAGAAGAACAUGGGUGGCUUGAUGCACAGCAAGGGCUCUAAGCCUGGAGGGGCGGGCACGGGGUUGGGGGUGAGCAGUGGCACUGAGACCCUGGAGAAGAAGAAGAAAAACUCCCUGAAGAGCUGGAAGGGUGGCAAGGAGGAGGCAGCUGGGGAUGGGCCUGUGUCUGAGAAGCCUGCAGUGGAGGCUGUCGGGAAUGGAGGGAGCAAGUAUAGCCAGGAGGUGAUGCAGAGCCUGAGCAUUAUGAGGACUGCAAUGCAAGGGGAAGGGAAGUUUAUUUUUGUUGGAACCCUGAAGAUGGGUCACCGGCACCAGUAUCAGGAGGAGAUGAUCCAGCGCUACCUUUCUGAUGCCGAGGAGCGAUUCCUGGCAGAGCAGAAGCAGAAGGAAGCAGAGAGGAAGAUCAUGAAUGGAGGGGUAGUGAGCGGGCCUCCUCCCGCCAAAAAGGCAGAGCCCGAUGGCGGGGAGGAGCAGCUGCCAGCUUCCCCAGCAGAGUCCAAGGCAAUGGCAUUCUCUACUGGCUAUCCUGGGGGCUUUACUAUCCCUCGGCCUUCUGGGGGUGGAGUUCACUGCCAGGAACCCCGGAGGCAGUUAGCAGGGGGGCCAUGUGGGGGGGGCCUACCACCUUAUGCCACCUUCCCCAGACAGUGUCCACCUGGGCGAUCCUACCCCCACCAGGACAGCGUUCCCUCUCUGGAGCCAGGCAGUCACUCCAAGGAUGGAGUUCACAGGGGGGCCUUGUUACCAGCCCCCUCCCGCGUGGCUGAUUCCUAUAGCAACGGCUACAGAGAGCCCCCUGAGCCAGAUGGAUGGGCUGGAGGUCCCCGGGGGCUUCCCCCAACCCAGACCAAAUGCAAGCAACCGAACUGCAGCUUCUAUGGACACCCUGAGACAAACAACUUCUGCUCCUGCUGCUACAGGGAAGAACUGAGGCGGAGGGAGCGGGAACCGGGUGGGGAGCUGCUGGUGCACAGGUUCUGAAUUGGGGGGGAGCCUUGGAGGGCAAGGGGGCUAAACAAAGAAAGUUAAGCUAACUAAUGGGCUCCUCGAGAACCAGCCCCUAGGUUGAUGGGGCAAUGCAGUAAUGGUGGGAGCCUGGCUGGGAACUCUGAAGUGUGUCUGUCUGGAGUGCUGUCAGGCUGGCAAGGGCAGGUCAGGGCUGGGCAGUGCCUCAGGGGCUGUACUAUUCCUUUGCAGAGUUUGACUUGAUGGAACUGAGGAGGGACGGGGAAGAUGGUGAUUCUGUCUCAUAACUCCUCGGUCCCAUCUCAGGACCUAAGGGAAUACAGUAGUAGGGGAAGGUUUGGUGUGUGGGGUGGGAGGAGGUGGGCAGAAGUCUGGGGAGGAACAAGUAAAGGAAGUUCUCAGUCAAUAAAAAAAAAUAGACCAAAGUUAUUUAGGUUUGGGGAAAAAAGCACAUGGUGGUGGAAUUGACAGUUGGAGGGAAACUGGGAAAUUGGCCAAAUUUGCCAUUGAUUUGAAUCAGGGUAGAAAUUAAGAUGGGAUAAAUUCUUCCUGAAGGAUCUAGAAAGCGGAGUAAUGUGUGCUAGUGGGUGUUCCUUGGGAGGAGGAGGUGGUGAGAUGGGAAAGGAAGGAACUUCAAAGGGGAAUCCUUUUCCUCUUAAGUUUGAUUUCCUUCUAAAGUCUUCUGUCAUACGUUCUAGUUUGAGAGGAGAUUGCCAGUUGGCCCCUAACAUUUCCCAUCCUUUUUGAGGGCCGAACUCAGCUAAGUGAAGAUGAUUUUAUUUAAAAGGAAAAAAAUAAAACUCUUUAUUUUAUUAAAAAAAAAAAAAAAGUUCCCUCUGGGAAAGGGAAGAGAGUGAUGAGAAGAGCAGCAGUGUGUUGAAUUUCCUCGAUGGAUCUGGUUUUUAGCUCCUUAGCAAUAACUGCACGUCAGGGUUUGAGUGCACCAUGGAGGGGUGGGGGAAGGACAGACAUUUGGCCAGACAGUUUCAAACAAAACCAAAACCCUAAAUAGAGCACUACCAUCCUCUGCUGCUGCAUUUCUGUAGAAAGCAACUUAUUUUAUUGACUAAUUUUUUUUAAGGAAAAGAAAAACAGACCCCAAUAAGUAAAAAUGUUUAACAAAUGAUUUCUUUUUUCCUAUUUAAGUGAUUCUUUCUCCUUCUCUCUCUACUUUUGGAGAAUGAAUUUAACAUCCCGGCUUCUUUUGUUAAGCCAUAGCUGACCUUAAUCUGUGGUUAGUUUAUUAAAAUAAUUUAAAAAAAUACUUUGUAAGAAAAGAUAUUUUUGAUAUUAGGACUGACGCUGAAACAUGGGGUGGGGGUUAGGGACAAUUUAUAAAAAAAGGUAGUUAGAGAAAUAUAUUUUAGUGAACUAUCACCACAGAUCACAGAUUACUCCCAAUGAGCUAAUCUGUCUUUGGAUUUCUCCCUUCUCCUGACCCAACCCUGAUCUCCAGGGGGUGGGAGUGGGCUGUGGACACAGUAGGGGGAGCUCCUUUGCAUUUUGCACAAAGCACAAGUCUGAACAGCCUGUGCUCUGGCCAGAGCCAUUCUAAGCUUUAAACCAGAAGACCUAUCCUGGACCAAUUUUCCUUUUUCUUUAUAUUUCUGGGGAAAAAAAAAUCAACUAUGCAAUUGUAUACAUUCCUGGGUACAUGUGAAGAAGAGGAAUAAGUGUACUUAAGUGUCCAGAGUAUUGAUUGGGGCUAUUUUUCUAUACUUGGAUUUCUUCUUUGAAGUAUGUAUUCACAACCCAUCCUGCGGAAUGUAACCCCACAUUUAAUACAAGACAGCCAUGGG